AUGUUAAGCACUGUCUUGGUAUACUUUCUUUCUCCAGGACGUGGAGGUUCUUCCGGAGGGAAGUUUCGUAUCUCCCUGGGUCUCCCAGUUGGUGCAGUAAUCAACUGCGCAGACAAUACAGGCGGCAAAAACCUUUACAUUAUUGCUGUCAAGGGAAUCAAGGGUCGCCUGAACAGAUUACCAGCUGCAGGGUCAGGAGAUAUGGUAUUAGCUACAGUCAAAAAGGGAAAACCAGAGCUCAGGAAAAAAGGUGAGAAAAUUGUUAGGAUUGUCUAAGUUGAUGGAUUUAGUAUCAAUUUGCUCUGCAUGUAAUGGCAUUGACACCUCCUGUGACUUACAUUGUAGUGAAGCAACAUGUAAACUGGUCUUUGUUUUACCCUUUUGUUUUUCAAACUAUGGUUCAAACUUGUAAUACACUGUAGGAGUGAACAAAUGUAAGGGAGAGCAGGUGAGAUCUAUCAAAGAUCAAAUCACUGUUGGGCCAACCAGCAUUCUCUAGAAGCACUGGUGGCUGGUGAUUUCACCGGCUACUCAUUUCCGAAGUGCCGGCUACUUUUAUUACUCAAAACAUAAAAAAACUGUCUGUGUCUGUGUUAUCUUGCAUUUUUCAGAAGGUGCAAAAAGGAAAUGAAAACAAUAACUUCUUGUAAAUAAAAGCUCUCCAGAUGGUGUAUGACAAUUUGCCUUUUGCUAAGGGUAUUAUAGAUAACUUCACUGAACAAUAAUUUUUUGUUGAGACUUUGUCAGAUGAUAUUUAUGAAUAAAAUACCUUGGAAUCAAAGUAACACUUCGCAUGUAAACGAGUGUUUAAAAAUAAAUGGUGAUGUACAUUGCUGCUUUCAACUAGGAUUCUUAUGGAUUGCGUACUUUUCCUUGGGAAAAAAAAACUGGAGACAGGCUGCCUUAAAAACUGACCUCGAUUUUCCUGUUGUCGUAAGCCUCAAAAUGCGUCAGAUUGCAUCCCGGGGGAGCCAGGGGAGCAUGCUCCUGGAUCCCUCUAGGUUGCUCACGCCCUAUGGGCACUCGAUGCCAGACACCGGUUACUUUGAAUUGGGAGCUGGCUACUCAAAAAUUACUGGAGAACACUGCUCCAACUCUGUGCUUUGAAUAGCUUUUAUGUGAUUAAAGUUUUAAAUGCAUGUAACCAGAUUGCGUUCUAUGUAUGUCAUUUAUUCUUUGUGGAAGUCUGGUUGAAUGCUGGGUACAUACCUGCCGUGCAUACAUAACAGCAACCAGGGCCCAGUUGUUUGAGGGCCAAUUAAAGCUAGCCCGGGGUUAAAUUUUAUUCCCAGUUUCUUUUUCUUUUGUUCAAAAGAAUUUAAUUUUCUCUAUUCUUUUGAGAGCAUCCAAUCAUCAGAUAGUAGAGAAAAAGAAUUAAACUGAAUUUGCUUUUAAAUCUUUCAUAUCUGAAUUCAAAUUUUGGACGAACCCUGGGUUAUCCUAACCUAGCUUUGAACAACCCUGCCCUGGAGAUUAGACUUACAGGCUCGUCUUUUCACCCAUAGUACCCCAUUUUUCCAAUGACAACAUUUUACUACAACGAGCAGAACUCAUUUUGUUUUUGCUUUCCUAUUGAAAUUCAUUAGUCCUGCUGACUUUCUUCUAACAAUUUCCAAAAUGAAAUUUCACAAAAUAUCCUGAAUGUUUGUUGUGAAAUCCUAAAAAGUAGAAGAAAGCCCUACAUGUGUGCAAAAGUUCUACCAAAGGGAUUCCAUUCGAGUGGUAACAUCAUCAAGGAUUUUGUCAACAAAUUGAAAAGUUAGAAUGACAAUUAACAUUGCACCAUAACUUUGUCUUAGCUCUUAAAGUACUUUGUCUAAUGUUGUUGAUUUUUUGUCAAAUUUCGUGCCAUUUUUUAUGUUUAGUGAUGCCUGCAGUGGUGAUUAGACAACGGAAGGCAUUCAGAAGAAAGAAUGGCAUGUUUAUUUACUUUGAAGGUGAGUUCAAGGAUUUAAGUCUAUUUUCAGUAUUCAAUGAUUAAAGAAUGUACAGCGGUAGCACACAGUCCUCUUUAAUUUCAAGGUAGCAUUCUUUUCUUUUUUUGAAGUUGUAGCGCAUUUUUGUUGUUAUCAGCCUCUUAAAACUUCAGCUUUGUGCAGGCAAUGGAAAUGCUGACAAUUUAGCAGACUGCAAGAAGUGUGUGCUAGGCAAGAACUACCAGGCCCUGGGUUAGCGAGUGACUAACACAAUCAAACCUAAAAAGACCAAAGAAAGAUUUUUGACUCCAGUAUUUGUUUGAGAGCUAAAUGUUCUCUUGCUACAAUAUAAUGCAAUAUUCAUUAUUUAAUGAAGGUGACACAAUAAUCCAAUGAGUUAUCUAACUUACGGCCUUCACAACGAUACAAAAUACACAUAUAAAACAAUGCCUAAUCAGUAAUAUACGACUACAACAAGAGAAAAAAUAGAACUAGACAAAUGUAUGGUUUAACAUAGAUAUAAGAUGAUAUAAACUAAUUACCUUCUAAUACAGUUACAAUAAAGAGAAAAACGUAAAACACAUUAAUUCUGCGAGAUGAGAAACGUUACUUGCAAACUUAAGGAAUAAGAUAGAUAAUGUAUGUUUAAAAUUAUUUAAUCUAGAUGAAAAAAUAAUAGAAAAAGAAGAUACACACGCUACAGUUUGUUGUUUAAGUGUUGUGUCCAACUUCUUGCAUUCUCCUUUAUGAUCUUCUUCUCCUUGUUGCAGACAAUGCAGGUGUCAUAGUGAACAAUAAGGGUGAAAUGAAAGGUAAGAUAUGGCUAUUUCCUUGCUGUCGAUGAGGUCAAUCUGUGGAUGAGUGUAGGCAGUGAUUUUGUUACAAUUUGCUAAUAGUGAGUCAUGGGACUCAUCUCACGAAAAAUCAUCCCAGUCCAGAAUCUAAUGAGUCCUUACGAUAAAGGUUCCAGAACUCUCAUGAAACCAGGCAAUCAUAUUUAAUCUGUAGUCUACCUUCAAUAGCAAAGUACUUCUCUCAGUAAUACAGUACUGUGCCGUUGCCUCCCAAAGGACACAAGCUGUCAGUUAUUCUGCAGCGUUGAUAAUUUUUUGGCAUCAGGGACACAGGAUGCAGGGGUAACAAAAUCACUAGUGUAGGCCAUGAGUGAACAGAAAGCAAUUUGCCUCAUAGGGCAUGUGUGAUUUGACCCGAAAACGGUGCUGAUAGUAGUAAAAAUUAAUAUUCUUAUUCCUUGAAAAUAUUUCUCAGUUUUGCAUUGGGCUAAGUUCCCUGGCUUAUUCUUCCUACGCAGCCAGCAAUAAGCAAAUAAUGAAGAUGUUGUUAUUUUACUGUUAACUUCAAUGGUAAAAGAGUUAACUGAAAGACUUGUACGCACUGACUGUUGCACAUAAAUUGACACAGUGCAGCAACCCAGCAGUUUUGAGAGAAAAUGGCAGAAUAGUUUACACAUCACAUGAGGAUAGAAUAUCCAAAACACAACAAGAAAACCUACACAUACAUGUACUGUACCAACAGUGCCACUUGAUUGAUGAUUGCUUUCUGAAUAAUCUUUUUUUGCAACAAAAAACAUAGAUUCAUAUCCUAAAACUGCCAAAGAGCAGGCAAAUGUUUUUAAGACAGGAAUUCUUACAUGUACAUGUACCGCUGUAGGUGUGCCUACAUGUUUGUGUUAAAUGGGAGCAUGUGUUGUAGGUAAAACUGAUUCAAGGUGAAACCAGAGUUCAACCUAGUUUGAUAUUCAGAAUUUUCUGUUUCCUAUCCCCAACUAUUCAUAGGAGACAAAAGAAAUUCUGGUUUAAUCUAAGAACAGAUUUAUGUACAUGUACUUGCACAUCACAUACACCAUAUUUUGAUCUUAAUGAAGCCAGCCAAGCCACAUCUUUCAUUCAUAACUUUAUAUGCAUGUGUAUGAAACUUUAUAAUUUUGGCAGUGGAGCAAAUUUUGGCAGUUGAAGAUUAUUACAAUUUUUUACCUCUGGAGUGUUUUUUUCAAAUUUAAUGUUGGCAUAUCAGUCCACAAGGUCUCAGUCAUUAUUUUCUAUCGGCGCUGCUAUGCUUUAUAAAAAUAGACUACGAGUAGUCCCCAUUUUUCCUCAUGGAUAGUAGAGCGAAUGAAAUGCGAGCACGUGUGAAAAUCAUCCCAUGCAAGAAAGGCAAGCCGUUGUGCUUACUCUACAAUCCCUGAGGAAAAAUGGGGACUUCCCGUAGUCUAUUAUAAAAAAAGCCAUGAGUGAAAUACACUUGUACUGAUGGUAAGUGAUUAUUUUCUGUAGGUUCUGCCAUCACUGGCCCUGUAGCAAAAGAGUGUGCUGACCUUUGGCCAAGAAUUGCUUCCAAUGCCGGUAGCAUUCAAUAA